UAACUGCAUAUGAGCCAACGGAGCUGAACACGGAGAUGUCAGAAUUUUCCAACGGAGCAACAGUGGUAACGAUGAGAGUAAGCAGAUUUUAUGUUGUAGUAACCACGCGCCACGCGUCAAACAUAGAAAAAAGCGGGUAAUACGUGUUUGUAAGGGUUAAUGUGUAUGCAAUUAUGAUAAUACCCUCCUGACCUAUUUUACAACAGGAUGCAUUAGUAGUAGGAAUUUUCUCCUCUUCCACUUCGGAUUAAUCUCUCAACUACAAAUACACCUUUUCCGUUCUUCGUCUGUUUGGAAUAAUAAAUCCCAGAGUCAUCACACUUUUUGAGAGAAGAUGGACCUAGUUGAUGAUGAUAAUAACGAGGAGUUCAGAAAAUACUACGAACGAGCCAGAAAUCUUGCUUUGAAAAGGCAAGAGGGCCUUGCCAAAACUUUUCCAGAGUCAAUUGCUUCGCUAAUUGCCAUUUCCCGUCCAAAUAAUUUAACUAAUCCAAGUUGUGUAUCUGGAGAGUCACAACAGGUUGUCUUCACAGAGAUGGGGGAGUUUGUCUCAGGUCUUCAGUUUGAUGAAUUAGACGAACAAAAACACGUUGAUGUGCUGCCAAAUCCCUCAAUCGAGGAAAAGGAGCCUUCUGUAAAGGAGGAGGAAACGGGAAUAGCUCCAGAUGAGACGAUACGUGAAGUUCCAAUUGGAAAGGGUUUGUCAGUAGCUCUCAAACGUCUGAGAGAACGAGGUACACUCAAGGAAGAUAUUGAAUGGGGUGGUCGAAACACGGACAAGAAGAAAAGCAAGCUCGUAGGCGUUGGUGGCGAUCAGGUGGAAGGGGAAAAAGUAAUACACAUUGAGAGGACUGAUGAGUAUGGGCGAAUUCUAACUGAAAAGGAGCAAUUUCGGUUGCUUUCCCAUCAAUUUCAUGGGAAGGGGCCUGGAAAGAAGAAGCAAGAAAAACAUAUGCGGCAAUACCAGCAGGAGCUCAAGAUAAAAAGGAUGAAUAAUUCAUAUUAAAACAGGGCAAACUAGUGGUUUUGCUACGGCUGAUAAGAAGGUUGAACACUUUUAGCGCAAGGCUGAGUCAGGAGAAUAUCCUCACUGCGUUCAAUUCCGCAAUGUAUGAUUUAUAUUCUAAUCAUAUUUUGUUUUAAAUUGGUGUUGUUUAGUUGCUUUUUCCUUAGAUUCACCUGGAGUUUUACAAUUGCAGCUGAUUGAUUUGAUGAUUUGGCAUGUCAUGAUGUUACAUUUUGAUUAUUUCUUUUUGUUUAUUUAAAAUGAUUUUUGAA